AUGGAGGACAUUUGCCAUAAAAUCCUCGACCUGUAUCCAGCUGGUACUCCUGUCGAGACUACCGGUCCCAGUACAACUCCAGCUCCAAGACACAUGAAUCCUAUGACGCCAUCGAAUUCAAGCACCUCCCUUCGGAACCAUCCGUCAUUUCACAUAGCUGCGUCCGCCGCAAAUACUGUGGGCAACGAAUCCUUAUCGAGACGAUCUCGCGUUGGGUCGACUCACGAUAAUGCCCAUGUGUAUCCGGUUCCAACGCAUGCUGCCCCACAUACACCUGUGGCUGGGCUGCAGCCACCUUUACCUCAUGUGGCUCCGGUAAUGGCCCGCGGUGUCCGGAGAGGCGCGUAG